CUUCUGUUCCUUCACUCGUUCUAUCUAAUUCAGUUUUUUUCUCCCAUCAUAGAAAACCGACCCUCUCCUUUCCCUCUUCACCAACCAAUGGCUCCCCCAAAGGCCGAGAAGAAGCCCGCGGAGAAAAAGCCCGCAGAGAAGGCUCCGGCGGAGAAGAAGCCCAAGGCCGAGAAGAAGAUAUCGAAGGAAGGAGGAAGCGAGAAGAAGAAGAAGAGAACAAAGAAGAGCGUGGAGACCUACAAGAUUUACAUCUUCAAGGUGCUGAAGCAGGUUCACCCCGACAUCGGAAUCUCAAGCAAGGCCAUGGGGAUCAUGAACAGUUUCAUAAACGACAUCUUCGAGAAGCUCGCCCAGGAGUCGUCGCGAUUGGCUAGGUAUAACAAGAAGCCUACCAUUACUUCCAGGGAGAUCCAAACGGCGGUGCGUUUGGUCCUCCCUGGGGAGUUGGCCAAACACGCUGUCUCUGAAGGUACCAAGGCCGUCACCAAGUUCACCAGCUCUUGAUUGGUUUUGUUUCCUGUGUUUCGAUUAGGGUUUUCUGUUGACCCCGAUUUGAUUCGCAUUUUUAAAUUAGGGUUUUAUUUUCCUUUUUGUUGCUUUUGAGGGUGUAGAUGUAAAAUUAAAGCUUUAUUUUUAAAUAAUAUAAAUGCCGUUUUUUAAUA